GAUUAGCUGAUCAACAGUGUGAUGGGUCAACUAUCGGCCAGCAGAAAGAAGACUGCAAUGGAGGAUGGGAGAAGGGAUCCUUGGGCACCAAGGGAGCAGCGGCAGAGGUUUCCUUAGUAAUGAAAAAGAGCUAAUCCACAGCCUGUUAGAAAGGUUUAUUCAGAAUCACCCUCAUGAGUAUGCUAAAGAGCUGCAAGGCAUUUCCAGAGUGCUGAACAUGAAUGUUGGUGAUGUGACUUUAUUAAAUAUGUACUUUGACACUUUCUUUUUUGGCACUCAUAUAAUGGUUGAAGAUACAGAAGGAAGGAUUUUCCAUGGAAGAAACUUGGAUGUGAACUCUAAAACUUCGAUAAGAGAUUUGACUAUUGAUGUAGAAUUUGUGAAAAAGGGAAAGAUUGCAUACACAGGGACAACCUUUGUGGGUUACGUUGGUCUGUGGACUGGGCAAAGUCCCUACAAGUUUACCAUAUCAGGAAAUGCCAGAGGCCACAUGAAUUGGCUGGAUUAUUUAACCUCUUUCCUGGCAAAAGGAUUUCCAGAUAGUUGGCUAAUAAGAGAUACUCUGAGUGAAGCCAAUCAUUUCAUAAAUGCUUAUGUGAAGCUAACGAAGACUCCACUUCUUAAUAAUGCCUACUUUAUGUUGGCUGGCACAAGGGAUGGCGUAGUUAUUACUCGCGAUAAGUUCAAAACUAUUUUUGUCAGUUAUUUGGAUCCUUUCAAAAAACCAUGGUAUCUUGUUCAAACACAAUGUGACAGUUAUUCCAAAUCAUGUCGCACGUAUCCCCGUAGAGCUGCUACAACUAAAGCACUGAUUGCAAUUAAAAAAGGCCAAAAGAAACUCUCCACUAGUAACAUGCACAAGAUUUUAACAAGCUUUCCCGUGUUUAAUGAGUCUACUGUCUAUACAACCAUAAUGACUGCAGAAUAUCCACAUUUGUAUCAGACCUGGAUAAAGAGUAAGGAUCAUCAUGAUAGUGAAAGCGACGUGGUACACGGAGAAGAAUAAUACUACCAGUUUUCUUUGUUGACACUCAUCAUUGGAAACACCAUCAUUUCACCCAUACAAUAAGGGCCAUGUAACCAUACAAUAGGUGGGGCCUCCCAAACCUAAA